AUGCUGUGUUCUAGAUUAAAAUCUGUAGUCAACCACAUAGUUGCAGAAAACCAAUCAGCAUUUGUACAAGGUAGAUCAAUGAUGCACAAUGUUUUAAUAUGCCAUGGCCUUUUGAGACAUUAUAACAGGAAAACUACACCAAGGUGCCUAAUGAAGAUUGACCUAAGAAAGGCCUAUGAUAUGGUGAGCUGGGAGUUUCUAGAGGAAGCAAUGAGAGAAUAUGGCUUUCCAGACAGAUUCAUACAGUGGACAAUGACUUGUGUCUCUACUGCAAAGUUCACAGUCAAAGUAAAUGGGGAAGGAUUUACAUGGCUACCAGACUUCAGAUUCCACCCUAUGUGCAAGAAUAGCAAGUUGACUCAUAUGAUUUUUGCUGAUGAUUUGAUGAUAUUCUGCAAAGGUAAUAUCAGCUCAGUAAAUAGAGUGGUGGAGGCACUAGAUCAUUUCAGUAGAGUGACAGGGUUGGUUGAUAACAUGGAGAAAUCAAACAUCUUUAUAGCUGGAGUAGAAGAUGAACUUAAACAAUAG